CUGAGCAGAGCUUCUCCACAGACCACAGCCGCAGGGCUCCCACUGCAGAGAACAAGAGGAAACGUACAGGCUGGGAGGAAGGAACUGAUACCUCUCAAGACUACAAGACAGAAGAGGAGACAAAGAGCAGGGGAAGAAACGGUUGAUCAGAAGAAAAACAACAGAGGAGGAGGAGAGAAAGAAGUGGACAAGGUUUUACUGCUUGUUUCUUGGACAUUCAAUAAUUUAUCGUCUGACUCAUUUUGCCUUGUGGAACACAACUUUGCUUUUUUUUUGUUUGAUUGACGUACAGGACGGUAUUUUUCCUCCAACCUCUCCAACUAUCUGACUCCUUUGGGCAGUUCAAGCAAUACCUGCUUCUAAACUUCACAGAUGUGCGUGUGAUUUUGUGUCUUUGGGCGUGCGAGCAUCCUAUUCUGACUGAGUGACAGAAACGAGUGACUUCACAGGUGAAUGUGGAGGUGAACUGUCUGUUUUUAAUCUCCAGUUGAAACUUCACUUUGAUCAACUAUCCCAAUUCUUUUUCACCUUCACCUUCAUCAUGACGUAUGUCACAAAAACUACUGAGACCGACUCCUCUUCGCUUUAAGGAUUGUGCUCCACACAAUAGCAACUUUACAUCCUGAAGGAGCAUCUGCAAGUUCAACCCUUUAUUUUGUUUUAAAUACACUGGAGGAAGCAUUUUUGUCUGUGGUGAAGCCCCUGCCCCAUCUGCCCCAUCUGCCCCAUCGGCCCCUGCCUCUACCUCAGGAUGGCUGGCUGUACCAGACGCUGCAGGCAGGGGGUGGUCAAGUUAAUCCAGUCCCUGCGGAGAUUGGUCUCAGGCACCCUCGUAAAAGAUAGCAUCGAUGAUGAGCUGGAGAUGACGAUGGUGUCUCACAGACCAGAGGGUCUCGAGCAACUGGAGGCCCAGACCAACUUCUCCAAACAGGAGCUGCAGAUCCUAUAUCGUGGAUUCAAGAAUGAAUGUCCGAGCGGAAUGGUGAAUGAGGAGACGUUCAAACACAUUUAUGCACAGUUCUUCCCUCAUGGAGACGCAAGCAUGUAUGCACAUUAUCUCUUCAACGCAUUCGACACCACAAACAAUGGCUCCAUUAAAUUUAAGGACUUUGUAAUGGGCUUGUCUACACUGCUGCGGGGGACUCUGAGGGAGAAGCUGGAGUGGACGUUUCACCUGUAUGACAUUAACAAUGAUGGAUACAUAAACAGAGAGGAGAUGACUGAGAUUGUGAGGGCCAUUUAUAACAUGAUGGGAAAGUACACCUACCCUGCACUAAAAGGGGAUGUCCCACAGCAGCACGUGGACGCCUUCUUUCAGAAAAUGGACAAAAACAAAGAUGGAGUGUUGACUUUAGAGGAGUUCGUUAUAGCCUGUCAGGAGGAUGAGACCAUGAUGAGAUCCAUGCAGCUGUUUGAGAACGUGAUGUAGGCCUGAGACGAUGGGAGACGCAGACGUGGCCAACGAAAAGGGGCUCGGUGUGGGUGCAUGUGUGUGGAUGCAUAUGUGCAAUGCAUCCGGUCCCUCCUCCUCUCCCCGCAUCUCAUCCAGCUGUCGUCUGGAUACACACAGCCGGGGUAAAACCUUGCACACACGUGAAUAAAGGGACUGGACUUGAAUGCUUUUAAAAAGGGGGCUUUCCUAUGGAGUUCCACCACACAAUACAAUACAGAGUGGCUGAGAGGCCUCGGACAUAAACACAUCACUCUUCUCGAUUCCGUCUGGAAGAUUGAAAAUUGACCUGUUGCAGAUGCAUUACGAGGCUGCUCCCGACCAGCAAAAAGCUAUUUGUUCAACCAGCAGAACUAUUUGUUUCCUUUUUUCUUGUGGCCAAAAAAUAAAUGCAUGCUUUUGCAAGAGCUUUUGAUUUAUCUUCAAAUCUUUAGCCCUGAGGACUUUAGCCACGAGUGAUAUGGCAUAUUUCCUAAUGUCAUGUAUUGGUUCCACCGCUGCAGUGACCUACCCUGUACUGUUUGUUUUGGCCUGGCUUUUGCUUUCUUGCUGAGUCAAAUCAAUGCUUGUUGUUACUAGUCUGUCUAAUGCUUUCGGUAGAAAAUAGUACGAUUUCGAAAGCAGCACAUUUCGUUGGGUCUUAUUUGGUGUGUGAGUGUGUCUGUCCAUCUCUGUUUGAUCUAAGGUUUUAGUGAAAAAGAAGGAAAGAAGAAGUGGAUCCAUUCUUUUAUAUUUUCACCUGCUCUUUUGCUUCUUGUGAAGAACUCGAUGUGUUGUCUAAUAAAAGGUAUUGCUGAAAAGUGUAUAAACAUUCGAUGACAAUGUGCAAUUCUAAGAUGUUAAAUAAUAGUGAAGAAUCUUAAAUCAGAAAAACCAAUGACUUAGUUUUGCACUUGGAGACGGAAACAGGGAUGUGAAUAACAUUUGUAUAUCAUACCGAUCUCUCGAUGGUGGUCGCUGGAAUGGAAACAAGCUUUGAGAAAAGUCGUGAGAAAGUUGCAAGGAAACACGAGUUAUAGUCAGCUUUGGAAUGUGAUAUUUGGAAGACGCUGAGGACGGCUCCAUCUGUACAUGUGAACAGGUUGUGCUGCUACCUCCCAUCCGAACCGAAUCUGUGAUGUCACGCUGAUGUAUACAGGCGCUUGCAGCUCCAUGCAGAUGGUUUGCUGUGAGUCACGGUGCAUCUGAAAGCACGACUGUGAUAGAAAACUCACAAGGCUAUAGUAGUUUAAGCUUUGAAAUAUGAAUUGCUGUUCUUUUCGCCAUCGGUGGAGCAGCUCAGAGUUGUUAUAUCUCACAAUCUAAAUGAUGCUA